UCCCUAUGGUAGUUUUGGAAUUGUGGUUUAGCCAGGCAGGUUCAGGUUGGGGUAUUUCUUAGCUUGUGGUGCCCACUCCCGUGCGGCCGUCACCAUGAGUAAUGGACAAACUGCGGUGAUCCAGGUCACCAACCUUUCCGCCGCUGUGACAAGCGACCAGAUGCGGACAUUAUUCUCCUUCCUCGGGGACAUCGAAGAGCUGCGAUUGUACCCUCCAGACAAUGCACCUCUUGCUUUUUCCUCCAAAGUAUGUUAUGUUAAGUUCCGUGAUCCUUCGAGUGUCGGCGUGGCCCAGCAUCUAACUAACACCGUUUUUAUUGACAGAGCUUUGAUAGUAGUACCCUGCGCAGAAGGUAAAAUUCCAGAAGAAGCAAAGGCCCUCUCUCUUUUGGCCCCAGUUCCUUCUUUAUCCAGCCUGCUUCCUGGAGCAGGUUUGCUUCCUAUACCGACACCAGCUCCUACUCCUUCUCCUCUAGCAUCGGUCCUUAGAAGAGAGAAAGUUGAUUUACCAUUGCUAAAUGUUCCGUUUACUACAUUGGCAUCAACGUUACCAGCACAACUGGAUCCUGUGAUACCAUCUCUAGCCCCUGUGAUCCCAGCUUUAAAUCCUAUCAUCCCAGCUCUUGCUGAGCUGCCACAGCCGCCUCUCAUGGGCAAUGUAGAUCCUACAAAGGUUGAUGAAAUUAGGAGGACAAUUUACGUUGGAAAUUUAAAUUCCCAGACCACAACAGCUGAACAGUUGCUGGAGUAUUUUAAGCAAGUUGGCGAUGUUCGCUUUGUUCGAAUGGCUGGAGAUGAGACCCAACCAACACGGUUUGCUUUUGUAGAGUUUUCUGACCAGAACUCGGUGACACGUGCCCUUACAUUUAAUGGAGUUAUGUUUGGUGACAGACCUCUCAAGAUAAAUCACUCCAACAAUGCAAUUGUUAAACCUCCUGAGCUGACUCCUCAAGCUGCAGCUAAGGAAUUGGAGGAGGUUAUGAAACGUGUAAGAGAAGCUCAGUCAUUCAUAUCGGCAGCCAUCGAGCCAGAAGCCGUUCACGUAACAGAUCACGCUCCAUACAUAAAGAAAAGAAAAAAUCCAAAAGUCCUCACAAGAAACGCUCCAGAUCCAAGGAUAGGCGAAAGUCAAAAAGUCGUUCACGCUCCAGAGACAGAAAGAAAGACAAAGAAUAUAAGAGUAAAGUUAGAGAAAAAGAGAGGGCAAAAGAGAAAAACGACAAGAAGAGAAAAGAGAAACGGUCAAGAAGUCGCUCUAAGGGUUAUAGUUCUUCCAGAAGGUCUAGAAGCAUUAGCAGGGAAAGACGCAAGAGGAGGAGUCGGAGUUUUUCCAAGUCUCCUAAAAGCUCCAAAUCUGUUAAGAGAUCUUCUAGAUCUCCAUCUCCCAGGAGCAAAAGCAAGAAAGAGAAAAGGAGGAGAGACAGAGAUCACAGUGGUAAUCGGAGAGAACGGGAUCGUCCCACAUCCAAGAAAAACAGUAGCAAAGACAACAAAUUAAAAGAAACUUCUGAUAAAUAUGACACUAAGUCAAGGGAAAAAGAUUCUAUAAAAGAGGAGUGGAAUAGUUUAAAGGAGAACAUAGAAGACCAUGAAAAACAUAGCAAUGAAGGGAUUACUCAGCCUAAUGGGAACUGUCAAAUCGCAGAAGAACGCCAUGCAGAAAAAGUGGAAGCCGUAUGAAGCAUUGGAAGUCUACUGAGAGUUUUUGGCCAACAUAAUGUUCCUGUUUGUGUACUAGGUUUUGCAACCAUAAUUGUAGACUGAGAUGUCAAGUACAUUCUCCAAUUUUUAAAAAAAAAUGUUUUUUUUUAGUAUUUUCCUGGUUUGCUACAGUUGUGGACAGCAUUAUAAAUCUACUACCAAUAACGCAGAUACUAUACAAAAUUACUGUUGUAGUACAGAAAGUAUUUGCAUCAAGUCUCAACAUAUUUGUAGCAGAAAGUAUUUUUUUAUUUAGUAAAGCCAGUUUAAAUAUAUAUAUAUAUAUAUAUAUAUAUAUAUAUUUAUCUCCACAUCCACGUUUUGUUUGUGUUAAACCUAAAUGCUAACGUACAAAGCAAAAGAAUGUUGCAGUUUAACUGUUAAAUUAGAAAAGGCCUGUGUUUUUAACAUUUAACUGUGAUAAUACAAAGUAUUAUCUACUUCCUUUUCACCCUAGAAAAGAAUAAUGUAUAUUAUGCAAGGAUUUUUUCUACUGGCAAUAGUAAGCACCACAACUUGAUUGGACUAGUCCUUGGUUUCAUUUUAAUAUAUCUGCAUUUUCUAGUCCAAUUUAAAUGUUGCAGGUGCGGUUUUAAACAUAAAAAAUAAAUCUAAAAACAUUGGAGCAAAAGGUAAAGCUACCAGUUCUUAUAAGGAUUUUGUUAUCCUGCUUUAAUACUUCAUCAUCUACACAAUUGAAUGGACCAGCUUCUUAGUAUUAAGUGGGGGGAAAAGCAGCAAAAGGAAUAACGGUUACUACAAAUAUCAGUAUACUUUUGUUAAUUCCUUUAAUCUUGUAUCAUACAAAUGUCAUAGAAUCAGUAGUGUUUGUACAGUGUGACAUGGAGGGAUGAAGCAAGCAGCACACAUGUAUAAUAGUGUUCGAAAUACAUGUAUUUAACGGCUAAAACAGAUUGAGCAUUCACAUAAAUUUUGAUAUAAAAUUAAUGCUUGAUAUCCAGAGUUCUGUGAAUUCAUUUAUUAUCCCUUGUUUGGGAUCACCCUGUUGUCAUAUUAAAUAAUUGUGUACCCUACUGAUGGUGAAAUAGGAUGAAAUGUAUAAUACAGAAUACAAUUUACUAACAA